UGCCUUCACUGCAUGCUCCUGCCCAUGCAUGCCAGCUCCUCCUUCUCCUCCCUCACAUGGGUCCUCUGCCCACGGUGCCCCCUGCUGCCCUGUCCCUUUCCCACCCACUCCCCUGCCCACAUCUUUCCCCAUGGUUGCCUCAACACAUGCAGGGCCUUUGGAGCCAGACUGGCUCUCCUGGGCCUGGCUGUGCCCUUGCACGUGGGUGUGAUAGCCAGUGCCUCUCUGGGCCCUGCAGGAAGCGACCUGCCUGUGUGUGCAAGCUGUGGGCACAGUAUUUACGAUGGACAAUACCUGCAGGCCCUGGAUGCCGACUGGCACACCGACUGCUUCAGGUGCUGUGAGUGCGGGGAGCUGCUGUGCCACCAGUACUACGAGAGGGACGGGCGCCUGUACUGCAAGAAAGACUACUGGGCCCGCUUCGGGGAGUUGUGCCAUGGCUGCUCGGAGCACAUCGCCAAGGGGCUGGUCAUGGUGGCUGGGGAGCAAAAGUAUCACCCCGAGUGCUUCAGCUGCCUGCGCUGCCGGGCCUUCAUCGGCGACGGCGACACCUACGCCCUCGUGGAGCGCUCCAAGCUGUACUGCGGGCAUUGCUAUUACCAGAUGGUGGUGACCCCGGUGAUCGAGCAGACCCUGCCCUGCUCCCCGGGAGCGAGGAUCCCCCACACGGUCACGCUGGUCUCCAUCCCGGCCUGCAGUGACGGCAAAAGGGGCUUCUCGGUGUCCAUCGACCAGCACUGCGCCCCCCCAGGCUGCGGCUCGGAGCACUCCCACACCGUCCGGGUCCGAGAGUACGUACCCGCGUGGGGCAGGGCGCUAGCGCCAGCAUGGGGGGCCCUCCAGAGGCAGCGGGCCUGGAACUCAUGGGCAUCAGUGUUCCCAUGCAUGGGCAAAAUGAAUUUUGUUAUGUGCACCACUAUGGAGAUGAUGUGGGACGGGGACGGGGUCGAGGAGUUCAGCCCAUGCCCCAGCUCCAUGGGCUCCCCUGCCUCCCAGCGCAAGGACAUCGGCCGCUCCGAGUCACUGCGCGUGGUCUCCCGCCCGCACCGCAUUUUCCGGCCCUCCGACCUCAUCCACGGCGAGGUGCUGGGCAAGGGUUGCUUUGGACAGGCCAUCAAGGUGACGCACCGGGAGACGGGCGAGGUGAUGGUCAUGAAGGAGCUGAUCCGCUUUGAUGAGGAGACCCAGCGGGCGUUCCUGAAAGAGGUGAAAGUGAUGAGGUGCCUGGAGCACCCCAACGUGCUAAAGUUUAUCGGGGUGCUGUACAAGGACAAGAGGUUGAAUUUCAUCACCGAAUACAUCAAAGGGGGAACCCUGCGCGGCAUCAUAAAGAACAUGGACAGCCAGUACCCCUGGAGCCAGCGCGUGAGCUUUGCCAAGGACAUUGCAUCCGGGAUGGCUUACCUGCACUCGAUGAACAUCAUCCAUCGUGAUCUCAACACUCACAACUGCCUGGUGCGGGAGAACAGGAGCGUGGUGGUGGCCGACUUCGGGCUGGCCCGGCUCAUGGUGGAUGAAAAGAACCAGCCGGAGCAGCUCAAGACCCUGAAGAAGCCGGACCGCAAGAAGCGCUACACGGUGGUGGGGAACCCCUACUGGAUGGCCCCGGAGAUGAUCAAUGCGUGA